UUGGUCCGGGAGCAGAAACAGAGCCAGACUACUGUGUUGUUGUUCAGGAACUGGCAGCGACAUCGCUGAGGAACAAAUGAAACAAACACUGGUGGAUUAACCGCGGAAAACCAGAGGAGCUCCAGUCGGAACCAGAACACCACUGAUCGAGAAUCGGGUUUACUAAGGUUGCAGGCUUAAAAAAAACUGGAAAAAAACAGCAGAUAAUGUGCGGCAUCUGCUCGCCAGCCACACCCUCUUCCUGCCUGUAGAGGAAGCGGCUGUGCCAGCAUGUCCUCUCAUCCCCAGUCCGUGCCGCCGGGCCGGAGGGCUGUGGACACCAGGCACCUACCAAACCCUGCCACCCUACCACUGCAGCUGCAACGGGCGCACACGGAAGUUGGACUGGUUGACUUCCACUCUCAUCAUGCCAGGGACUACAGCCCCCACCUGACCCAACCCCAUCGUCGUCGUCCGUCAUUACUGUCAGAGUUCCAGCCUGGUAAUGAAAGGGGACAAGAGCAGCACAUCCGUUACGAGCACAUCUACCUGCAGGAGCCCCCGGGCCAGUCAGACGUGGACUAUGCGGAGAUCAAACGCCCUCGUUUGGAGAUGGGGCCAGAGUCUCUGGUGAGGCCUUCAUCCCACCGACAGCCGCUGCCGCUGGGGGGGGCCGAGGACAUGACCAAGGAGCGUGCAAGUGCCAUCGGGAAGCUGGAGCCCAUCUCCCCCGUGAGCCCGGCUCAAAUGGACCCUGACCUGGAUCUGGUUCCAGCUCGCUUCUCCAAGGAGGAGCUGAUCCAGAACAUGGACCGUGUGGACAGAGAAAUCACCAUGGUGGAGCAGCAAAUCUGCAAGCUUCGCAAAAAACAGCAACAGCUGGAGAAAGAAGCCGCAAAGCCCCACGAGCCGGAGAGGGCAAUCUCGCCGCCGCCCAGCGAGGCCAAACACCGCAGCCUGGUGCAGAUCAUCUACGAUGAGAACAGGAAAAAGGCAGAAGAGGCUCACAGGAUACUGGAGGGACUGGGACCCAGAGUGGAACUGCCUCUGUACAACCAGCCUUCUGAUACCAAACAGUACCAUGAAAACAUCAAAAUAAACCAAGCGAUGAGGAAGAAGCUCAUCUUGUAUUUCAAAAGGAGAAAUCAUGCUCGUAAGCAGUGGGAGCAGAAGUUUUGUCAACGCUACGAUCAGCUGAUGGAAGCCUGGGAGAAGAAAGUGGAUCGCAUCGAAAACAACCCGCGGCGCAGAGCCAAGGAGAGCAAGGUGCGGGAGUACUACGAGAAACAGUUCCCGGAGAUCCGCAAGCAGCGAGAGAUGCAGGAGCGCAUGCAGAGCCGAGUUGGGCAGCGAGGCGGGGGACUGGCCUCGUCUGCAGCCCGCAGUGAACACGAAGUCUCCGAGAUCAUCGAUGGAUUAUCAGAACAUGAGAACACCGAGAAGCAGAUGCGACAGCUGGCAGUCAUCCCUCCCAUGCUGUUUGACGCCGAACAGCAGCGCAUCAAGUUCAUCAACAUGAACGGGCUGAUGGACGACCCCAUGAAGGUGUACAAGGAUCGGCAGGUCAUGAACAUGUGGAGCGAGCAGGAAAAGGACACUUUCAGAGAGAAGUUCAUCCAGCACCCCAAAAAUUUUGGCCUGAUUGCGUCUUUUCUGGAGAGAAAGACGGUGGCAGAGUGCGUGCUCUUUUACUACUUGACCAAAAAGAACGAAAACUACAAGAACAUCGUGCGAAGGAACUACAGACGCAGAGGAAGAAGCCAGAGCACCUUCUUCUCCCCGUCUGAUUCGUUGCAGCAGGGCCAGCAGCAGCAGCAGCAACAGCAGCAACAAGUGAGCCGGAGUAGCCAGGAGGACAAGGAGAAGGAGGAGAAAGAGAAGGAAGGAGAGCGGGAGGAGGAGAAAAAUGAAACUGAAGACAAGGAAGAUGGAAUGAAGGAUGACACCUCUGGAGAAGAUGCCGAGGACAAAGAGCCCACUGUGGCUUUCAAGGGAAGACGCACCGCCAACAGCCAGGGCCGCCGCAAAGGCCGCAUUACGCGCUCGAUGACCAGCGAGGCCGACGACACUUCCACGCCGCCACUCAACAAUGAGCUCGCCAAUCUGGAGAUGAAUGAGAGCUCUCGCUGGACUGAAGAAGAGAUGGAAACAGCCAAAAAAGGUCUUCUCCAGUAUGGUAGGAAUUGGUCCGCCAUCGCCAAGAUGGUGGGAUCAAAAACCGUGUCGCAGUGCAAAAACUUCUACUUCAACUACAAGAAGAGGCAGAAACUGGAUGAGAUUCUGCAGCAGCAUAAAAUGAAAUCAGAAAAGGAGCGAAAGGCCCGUCGCAGGGGCAAAGCUUUGCAGAAUGAAGAGACCAGCGCUUCAUAUGCGGCGGAGGAGGAGGAGAUGGAGGGAUCAGGAGCCAGCUGCAACGAAGAGGAAGCCCCUGAAGAUGGAGAGGUUGGAGCCAACAACAGCUCGGACACGGAGAGUCUGCCGCCGCACUCCUCCGAGGACAGCAAGGCCAAAGAGGAGGCCUCGAGCAAGACGAAGGUUUGCUCCAACCCCGGAGAGAAGGAGGAAGGGUCGGACAUGGGCCAGGCGGACGAUGAGAAGCCUCCAGUCAAGGAGGAUUUAGACUCAUCCAUCAAGCAGGAGAUAAAGACCGAGGCAGGGGAGGCCAACAAAGAGCAGCUGCAACUGGCAGCAUCCAGCGAUGGCAUAGAAAAACCUCCAACAGCAGAGAUGGAAGAAGUAAAAAGCUCCGCUAAGAGCACCAAGAAAGAGCACGCGGCCAAAACGGGUUCGCACCGGGACAGUGACUCUAGUGCUACUUGCAGUGCUGAUGAGGUGGAGGAGACGGACAAUGCAGAUAAGAAUAGGAUGACUUCUCCACGGCCGAGCCUGCUGAACUACACUCACGAUGGAGUCAUAUCAUCCCCGCUGCAGAAGCCCAUGGACCUGAAACAGCUCAAACAGAGAGCGGCUGCUAUACCACCCAUCACACCGGAGGCCUGCAUGCAGGGCAGUCAGCGGAGUGGGAGGCAGGUGCUGCCCCCCCACGCCCUGGCUCUGUACCAGCAACAGAUCACCAUGGCGCAUGGUGAGUCGUCUCAGGAGGUCAAACAGCAGCAGCCGUCUGGCCAGCCAGGCAAACAGCCGCCUUAUAUCCCUCAGGGAGACCGAGACCGCGAGGCUCUCCACAGCAGCAGCCCUCGGCUUCGCCCUUGUACCCCAAACACCAGCGAAAAGGAUGAAAAAUCCCGAUCUUUCUCUCCACAUGGUGAAGCCAAGAAGCAGGUAGUGGGCCCGGAUGACCUGCGGACCUCAAGCCUGGGCCGCUCGGUUCUCUCUCCGUACCCCAUGUCCCCACGAGACAUGACCAAGAUCAGCCAUGACCAGCAUCUGCUCCACUUCAGCACGUUCACACAAGCAGGCCACCCCUCGCUCUCCGGCCUGCCCCAGGACAGCGUGAGGUUAGCUGCAGUGAGACCCCUCACGAUGCCGGAGCCCCCACCUCUUAUUUCCUCCUCCAAGCCAGGAGGUUCCAUCACACAGGGUACCCCAGUACAGUUGCACAGUCCAGCUCAUGGCUUGGACCAUACAAAGAUGCCUCCUACACUGAUGGGUUUGCCUUGGAUAGAGAAGAAAGCGGCAGGUACUUUCCCAGUGGUCAAGCAGGAACAGCUGUCGCCUCGCAGCUCAUCCUCCCAAGCUGAUAGCCUGAUGACCCAGGGGGGGCCUCAUGACGCUGCUUCAGGACGUGGUUCCAUCCCAGCCGUCCAGGGAGGGAGCAUCACCAAGGGCAUCCCGGGGACCAGAAUGCAUCCAGAGUCAGCAAUCUCCUACCGAGGGGGCUCCAUCACUCAGGGGACACCGGCUGAUGUGCUGUACAAGGGAACCAUAACACGUUUAAUCACGGAGGACAGUUCCAGCCGGGCCGAGAGGGAGCGGGACGAGGCUCUGUCUAAGGGGCACGUGGUCUACGAGGGGAUCAGCGGCCACAUCCUCACAUACGACCGCCCACCAUCUCAGACCCCUAAAGAGGAGGUGAGAGGGCUGGGGCAGGCUGGAGAAAUGCUGGGCUUGAAGCGUCCGUAUGAUGUGAUGGAGGGAAGCAGAGGGCUGCCUUUGAGAGACUCUCUGUCUGCCGCCACCUGUGAAGGUCUGAUUGGUCGGGCCCUGCCUCACGACCGGGACAGUCCGCACCACACACCUUACAAGGACUCUCACCACAUCCGUGGUUCCAUCUCACAAGGUAUACCGCGUCAUUUGGAACCUCAGGACGGCUACCUGAGGAGGGAAGCCAAGCAGAUGAAGAGAGAGCCGUCGCCGCCCCGCGGGGCCGGUUCGCUGAGCGACCCGGGGAAGGGCAGAGACCCCAACGUGCAGACGGUGAAGGAGCCCGGACGCUCCAUCCACCUCAUUCCAAGGGAGGAGCUAAGACAGCCUGCCAAAGACGCCGUCAUAGUUCAGGGAACGCCUGUAAAGCAGGAGGCGGCUGGUUCAGGGAAACGUCACGACGUCCGCUCCAUCAUCGCCAGUUCACCACGUUCCUACCACAACCCGCCCUCCCACCUGGAGAUGAGAGGGGCCGAGAGGGGCCGGUACGAGGAGGCGCCUAAAGGGCGGCCCAGUGCAGUGGUCAGCACGGCCAGCCCUAUAGCCCGCUCUUCUCCACUUCCUCUGGGGUCUGAUCAGGGAGGGAAAGCUCAUCAUAGCCCAGUAGGCUACGACGACAAAGGCGCCUUAAGGAACCCUUACCCUGGACCGUCACACCGAGGUUCCCCCCUGUCCAGGGAGGCCAGCCAACGGCAGCACGACGGUUCCAGUAAGAAUCCUCCUCAGGAGCGGAAAGCCACGCCCACACCCAGAGAGAUGCGCGCCACCAAGUCCCCGCUCUCUGGCGUUGCAGACCAGCAGGCGUACGAGCGUCUGCUGCAGGGUCUGGGAGCUACAGAGAUGUACCGGCAGAUCCCCUUAGCGUUUGAUCCUUCAGCACUGCCCCGCGGUAUCCCCAUCGAUCCAGCCUACUACUUGCCUCGCCACCUAACCCCCAACCCAGCGUACCCUCAUCCCUACCCCUACCUUAUCCGGGGCUUUCCCGACACGGCGGCCCUGGAGAACCGGCAGACGCUGCUGAACGACUACAUCACCUCUCAGCAGAUGCACCAGUGGCCGGCGGCGGCCGCCAUGGCCGCCCAGCGCUCCGACCUGCUCCGGGGCCUCCCGCCGCGUGACCAGGCCCUUCCCCUGCCCUACUCUGCUGCCCCACGUGGGGCGGCCAGCUCCCCCAUGGAUCGCAUCACCUAUAUCCCUGGGACAAGCACCAGCUUCCCCGGCAGGCCUUACACCACUUCCCCCAUCUCACCCGUUGGCUCGUCACACAUAAGCAAAAUACAAGGCCCGCCCUCGUCUUCGGAGCGUGAGCGCGACCGGGAGCGUGAACGGGACCGAGAACGAGACAGGGAGAGGGAACGCGAACGGGACCGGGAAAGGGAACGAGAGAGAGAGCGGGAAAGGGAUCGGGACAGGGAGAGAGACCGGGAGCGCGACAGAGAACGAGAUCGAGAGCGUGACAGAGAAAAGGGCGGCUCCGUGGGAAAUGUGGAACACGCUCCCAUCUGGCGACCAGGUACAGAGCACAGCCUGUCCAGCAGCAGCGGCGGCAGACCUGCAUCUCAACCGUACAGCCACCAGCACUCCCCGGUGUCACCUCGUACCCAGGACAACAUCCAGCAGAGGCCGAGUGUCCUGCACAACACCGGGGGCAAAAGUCUGUCCGUCAGCGAGCACUCCACCUCGUCCGUGUUGCGUUCCAUGCCCUCGGGGGCGUCUCGCUACCAGGGUUACUCUGGCCACCUCCAAAGCACAGGCGUUCCCCCCGACGCCUACCAGUCUGUCAUGGACUCCAGUGUCGCCAGAGAGCAGAGUCGCGACGGGGGCAAAAGCCGAGGCGGCUUACCCAAACACAUGCAGGACCAGCACGGAUCCUCCAGCAAGCCGGACCCCAAGCUCUCCAGCCCCGGGCCGGGAGGACUGUACCCCGCGUCUUACCCCCCGGUGGCAGGCCGUCCCCAACACCUGCUGCCCCUCCAGGCGGAAAACCCUUCUGGCCGCGGGGACAGCGGUGCACCCGGCAGAGAAAAGACUCAAAACAAACCGAUGUCCAUGCAGGAACAAGAGCUCCGAUCACUCGGUCUGCCACACGGUCUCUACCGUCCCCCCUCCGAGGAACGACUGUCUCCAGGCCAACAGCCGCCGUCCCCCUGCGUCAAAGGCAGCCAGAGGGUGGUCACCCUGGCACAGCACAUUAGUGAGGUCAUAACUAAAGACUACACCCGGCAGAGCCAGCAGCAGCAGCAGCAGAGCUACCACGGCUCUCCUGUCCUGGACCUGACCCGUCCACCCAGUGCCUCCCAGAACCCCCCCACCUCCCAGGACUCUGGCCCGGGGGCCCGCUACCUGGAGGGGCUCGUCGCUCAGUGUACCAGAGAUGGGUCUCCUCCCCAGUCCAAGCCUUCACCUGUAAAUGUUUCCAGCGAGGGCAUCGAGCCCGUUUCUCCUCCCGGAAGCAGCUCCGAACCUGAGGUCCAAGGAGGGGAGCAGGGGGAGCAAGGCCUGGGGUCCCGCUCUCCCCCCAACGCCUCCCAGCCUCCAGCUUUCUUCACCAAGCUGACCGAGUACACCUCGGCUAUCGUGAUGUCCAAGAAGCAGGAGAUGAUCAAGAAGAUGACGGUGGUUGGAAACGACAAUGACUUCAAUGCUGGCCAGCCGGGGACAGAAAUCUUCAACAUGCCAGCGUCCACAAAUGCAGGACCCGUGAAUGUGCGCAGCCACCCAGCCCCGGAGGCCCCCGGCAACUCCAUCGGCCUGGAAGCCAUAAUCCGCAAGGCCUUAAUGGGCAAGUUUGACGACUCGUCUGAGGAGCGCUCUCCAUCCAACGCUGCUAACCCCAUGACUUCAGGGGGGGCUGAAGACUGCUUCUCACAAGGUGGGUCAAAGUCCUCAAAGGGCAGUGGGCGCUCUAACGGGCGCAAGGCCAAGUCCCCGGGCCCGGGUCUGUCCGGCAGCGAGAGACCCUCGUCUGUGUCCUCGGUCCACUCGGAAGGAGACUACAACAGACGCACUCCACAUACUAAUCACAUGUUGGAGGACCGGCCUCUGUCCGCAGGUUCAACGCCAACCCCCUACCCUUGCAACCCACUGGUGAUGAAGCACUUCUCCAGCGGGGCCAUUUCCGCUCAUUCCCCCUCCUCUGGCCAGCAGGGGGGCCAGCAGGGGGGCCCGGGCCCCGGCCCCGGCCCCGGCCCCGGGCAGGGCCGGCCCUGGGAGGAGGAGCCCAAGCCUCUGCUCAUGUCGCAGUACGAGACCCUGUCUGACAGCGAGUGACCACACAUGCCACUGCACAACAGGACCCACUAACACGUCGGUGUGCCGCUGCAGCCGCUGCAGCCGCACACACACACACACACACACACACACACACACACACACACAGACAGCACUGCGGGGGGAGGGGGGUCUGCAGAACUACCCACACCUUUGCAUUCCUUCAUCAGUCAGUCAGUUAUUCACCUGAGACGCCGAGAAGUGAUGAAGUGGAACCUGCUGCUUCCUGCUGGUGUGUGUGUGUGUAGGUGUGUAUUUGUGUGUGUUGGUGUGUGUGUGUGUGUUGGCUCUUAUGUGUUAUGCAUUCACUCCAGGACUCUAAAGGACAAAUCACUUUUUUUUUCCCUCUUUUUUUUGUUAAACUUUACAACAAUUCCUCACUGGCCUUAUCAGUACAGACACGUUGACCUGUUGCUGUUGGGGAGUUCCGGUCUAAUGUGCUCACACUUGCAUGGAGAGCAGCGCCACACACACACACACACACACACACACACACACACACGGACCUAUGCGUUUCUCCACAGCGAACUCCAGCUGCCACUGCAGGACUACAUACACGCACGCGGAGAAUCCACAUCUUGUUUUUCUUGUUCGGGUCUUUGUUUCUCACCUUUAAACUGUCAGUCCAGUCCUGUGUUUCGUGAGUUGAGACCUUUUAGUACAUUUUGAUGGUGAACUUUUGAUGGUGUCAUCAGUUGUCUCUUAUCUGCAAUGAUGCAUUUUUUUUAAAGGUUUUUUUUCUUUUCUUCUGUUGAGUCUGGGGGGUUGCAGGGCCGAGAUUAUGUUGGAGGGGUUUUAUCGUUGGUUUACAGGGUAAACUUGCUCUUCGUUGCUGAUGUCAUGUUUUUGGGGGGAGUGGCCUCUGGAGGAAACGCAAAGCUCUGCCGGGCUCAGCGGCCCGCGUGGCUCGUGGGAGGAUCUGCCAUGCGGACGGCACUGAGACAAGAGACUUUUCUCACUGUUUUUAUAUUAACCAUGUCUGUGUUCGUUGAAAAUGUUUUUGAAUAUUAAGCACUUAGUUGUCACUCUGUUCACAAAGGCAUUUUAAAGCAUUCAUGUCCAGGGGGGGUUGCAGGUGCACGCGGGGACUCAAAGAUGGCACAGAUUCCUCCCCGUCCGGAGGGCUGUCUGAUGAUUUUGGUCCCGGCCGCCUGCGCGCCUCCGUCAGCGCUCACACACUCGGGGCGACAAUCGCAGAAACGUGAACGGUCACCGAGUUUUCACCGAGGUUUCAGCGCCGCCUCUGAAGACGCUCCGAGGCAAAAACCCCACACGGCGUCACUCGGUUAUAUCUGCAUUACAGAGGUGAUGAAAAGCCAUCUUUCUAGGACCGUUGGUCCGCCGAAGGCUCACAGGCCUCGUCCACGACCUCUGACCUUUUACUGCCCGCAGGAGCAACCCUUCAUCCCCACAGGUUUUGUACAGUUAUGAGAUAUUCCUAGUGUUAAGUGCCAUUUAUUUUAAAUAUACAGUACUGAAGUUGAUAAGUGACGCACAAGUUUUCUUUGCCCCCCCCCCCCUCCCAAUGCCAGAGUUUCUACUGUCUACACUGAACAGUGUAAAAAAACUAAAUCAAAAGUCCUGUUUUCUCCUCUUUCCCUGUGUUUGUGCAUCAUUUAAUUUCCUCCGGAUGUGUCACUGCCUUAGCUUUGAGCCGUUUCACUCACGAGGACAGAGCUGCCGCCGCUCGGCCGUCACACUCUCCCACACGCUGCUUCUGCUCGUGCGCGGAUUAGAGGAAGUUGAGGGCGAAGUCGUCUCGUGAUGCAACCUUAGUUGACACGUUCUCACCCUCCUGCAGCGUUCUCGAGUCUCUCUGAUUAAAUGGUUGUGAGACGCUUCCUGUUUCACAACACGGAGCCGGGCUGGUUUCCUUCCCCUCGUCUAACACCCCGGAGCAACGGCCUGUCCUCCAUCCCUCGCUCCUCCUGUCACCGGACAUGAUUGUCGUAGGACUACCUCCUCUCCCUCCUCAUCCCUCGUGUCUCUCACCUGCAGCUCAUCUCAGCGGCAGUUUAGGUUUUAUUUUAUUUUCUUGGUUAAAGCGAUGGAGCGUUUGUAACUCCAUCAUUCAAGGCGGAAAGUACAGCCAAGCUUUGUACAUCGGUCUGUGUAUGUAAAUCAUUUUUCCACUUCUGAGAUGUUAAGAAUGUGAUUACUAAAACAGACGAAGCCAUAUCCAGCUCUUCCCUUGAACCGAUGAUUAACGUGUUGUUUUUAAAAGUACACUGAAAGGAAUUUUAAAUUGCAUCCUUUAUGUUCUUAUAAUUUGUUAACGCACACCCGUGUCACCGUAAAUGAAAUGAAUUGUUCAGUUCUAACAGGACAAAAUUGAUUAUUGAUGUGUUCGCUGACAUGUCCAAUCACGGAUGGGGGGGAUUGACAAAAGAUCCAUUUUCAACCAUUUUGUGCUUUUUUUUUUUCUUUUCUUUUUUUUAUUAUAACCCACUGUAUAAUAGCAAGGAUUGUAUAUACAACUGAAGAGAUGUAAAUAUUUAUGUGGCUUGCUUUGAGGUUGGUAUUACAAAAAGAAAAAGAAAUAUUCACAUGGUUAAAUUCUACAUGCCCACCAGCAAGCUUUGUGGAUAGCAGUGUAAAAAUUAAAAACGACAUAAAAAAAAGACACUGCCUUAAUGUUUAAAUAAAAAGCUUAAUGCCACAAA